CGUUCGAAUUGCAUUUCGGGAAAUGUAGUUCUCCCCCAACCACCACCUAAAAUCGCGUUUUUUAACAUUUUCCAGCGCAGAACGUCGCCCGAGAAGCUGCAGGCUUCGACUCUUGGCCCCGCGGACCCCGCUCUUCCCCGCGAGGGGUCGGAGCGAAGCCGGAGAAGGCUUCUCCGCCGCCGCGCUCCGCUUCCCUCCGGGGCGGCGAGGCGAGGCGAGGCUUCCUGUUCGGGAUUAAAAGCCGGGCGUCCGGGUCGCCGGGGCCCCUCGGGAAGAAGGAUCGGCCCCUGCCUUCGUCCUGCGGCGAGUCCUGCGAGAGCUGCGGGGGCACGGAGAGGCCGAAGCCGCCGCCAUGUUUUCCUUCAACAUGUUCGAUCAUCCCAUUCCCCGGGUCUUUCAGAAUCGCUUCUCAACUCAGUACCGCUGCUUCUCGGUCUCCAUGCUUGCUGGGCCGAAUGACAGGUCUGAUGUGGAGAAAGGCGGAAAGAUAAUUAUGCCUCCCUCUGCAUUGGAUCAACUCAGCCGGCUUAACAUCACCUAUCCCAUGUUAUUUAAGCUGACCAAUAAAAAUUCAGACCGUAUGACCCACUGUGGCGUGCUUGAGUUCGUGGCUGAUGAAGGCAUCUGUUACCUGCCACACUGGAUGAUGCAGAACCUGCUCUUGGAGGAAGGUGGGCUGGUGCAGGUGGAGAGCGUCAACCUUCAGGUGGCCACGUACUCCAAAUUCCAGCCGCAGAGCCCCGACUUUCUUGACAUCACUAACCCCAAGGCCGUGUUGGAAAACGCACUCAGAAAUUUUGCUUGCCUGACCACUGGAGAUGUUAUUGCCAUCAACUACAAUGAGAAGAUCUAUGAGCUUCGAGUGAUGGAGACCAAACCUGACAAAGCCGUGUCCAUCAUAGAGUGUGACAUGAACGUGGAUUUUGAUGCCCCGUUGGGUUACAAAGAACCAGAGAGGCAGACGCAGCAUGAGGAGUCCACGGAUGUUGAGCCGGACCACAGCGGCUAUGCGAGCGACCUGGGAUUCCGUGCAUUUUCGGGGUCUGGGAACAGGCUGGAUGGGAAGAAGAAAGGUGUUGAACCAAGCCCUUCUCCGAUUAAACCAGGAGACAUCCGGAGAGGGAUUCCUAAUUAUGAGUUUAAAAUUGGCAAGAUCACAUUCAUCAGAAACUCACGGCCGCUGGUCAAAAAAAUUGAAGAGGAUGACUCUGGAAGCCGCUUCAUUGCAUUUUCUGGAGAAGGUCAGUCACUGCGCAAGAAAGGAAGAAAACCCUAAAUACAGGAUCCUUUUGGCUGAGAGGCAAUAAAAUUACACUGUAAUA